GUCAGCACCAAUAGGCUGCUUGCGCGGCGGCACGUGGAAAUUAGUGACAUUCUCCCCUUAACCCUGACCUUGACAGAGACAAUAAAAAGUGGGGUUCUCCGUUCCGACAGUUAAAAUCUGUUGCUUGAACUGUAAGGUAGCUUGAGAAGUCUCGUGUCGGUGGACAAGUGCUUGUGCCACGCGAUACCACUAUGUCAGGCUUACUGGAUAUGAUGGAGUUCGGAGAGGCCACAAGUUUCCUCCGCAAGACGGACAUGGAGCUACUGGCUGUGCAGACUGUUGCAUUCGACGGUAAGAAGAGAGCCUGGAUCCCGGAUGAGAAGCAGGCUUACGUCGAGGCUGAGAUAAAGGAACUGUGCGGUGACAAAGUUAUCGUAGAAACCAAGGAUGGAAAGACUCUGACUGUAAAGGAGGAUGACAUCCAGCAGAUGAAUCCACCAAAGUUCGACAUGAACGAGGAUAUGGCGAUGCUCACACAUCUCAAUGAGGCGUCUGUGCUUUUCAACCUGCGUCGUCGCUAUAGCAACUGGAUGAUCUAUACGUACUCCGGGCUGUUCUGUGUGACGGUGAACCCCUAUAAGUGGUUGCCAGUCUACACUGCUGCUGUGGUUGCCGCCUACAAGGGCAAACGCCGUUCUGAGGCCCCACCCCACAUCUACUCUAUCGCUGACAAUGCCUACAAUGACAUGCUGCGGAAUCGUGAGAACCAGUCAAUGCUGAUCACCGGAGAAUCCGGUGCUGGCAAAACUGUCAACACCAAACGUGUGAUUCAGUACUUUGCCAUUGUGGCUGCCCUGGGGGAAGCAGCUGCCAAAAAAGGAGGUCCUGCCACUAAAACAGGGGGCACUCUAGAGGACCAGAUCAUUGAGGCUAACCCAGCCAUGGAGGCUUUCGGCAAUGCCAAAACGCUGAGGAACGACAACUCGUCCCGCUUUGGCAAGUUCAUCCGAAUCCACUUUGGUCCCACAGGGAAACUGGCCUCUUCUGAUAUUGACAUCUAUCUUCUGGAAAAAUCCAGAGUGAUUUUUCAGCAGCCCGGAGAGAGGAGCUACCAUAUUUACUACCAGAUCUUGUCCCAGAAGAAACCAGAGCUUCAGGACAUGCUGUUGGUCUCAACGAACCCCUACGACUACCACUUCUGUUCCCAGGGAGUCACCACUGUGGAGAACUUGGACGAUGGCGAGGAGCUCCUAGCCACAGAUCAUGCCAUGGACAUCCUGGGUUUCAGUGCAGAUGAGAAGUACGGCUGCUAUAAAAUGGUGGGCGCCAUCAUGCACUUUGGGAACAUGAAGUUCAAACAGAAGCAGCGCGAGGAGCAGGCUGAGGCUGAUGGCACUGAAAGUGCGGACAAGGCCUCGUACCUGAUGGGUCUGAGCUCAGCUGACCUCAUUAAGGGGCUUCUGCACCCUCGUGUCAAAGUGGGCAACGAGUAUGUCGUCAAGGGACAGAACGUGGAACAGGUUUACUAUGCGGUCGGAGCUCUGGCCAAAGCCACCUACGACCGCAUGUUCAAGUGGAUGGUGGGCCGGAUCAACAAGACCCUGUACACCUCCCUUCCGCGCCAGUACUUCAUCGGGGUGUUGGACAUCGCUGGCUUCGAGAUCUUUGAUCUGAACAGCUUUGAGCAGCUGUGCAUUAACUUCACAAAUGAGAAACUGCAGCAGUUCUUCAACCAUCACAUGUUCAUCCUGGAGCAGGAGGAGUACAAGAGGGAGGGCAUCGAGUGGACCUUCAUUGACUUUGGCCUGGACCUGCAGGCCUGCAUCGAUCUCAUCGAGAAGCCCAUGGGGAUCUUGUCCAUCCUUGAAGAGGAGUGCAUGUUCCCCAAAGCCUCAGACAUGAGCUUUAAGGCCAAGAUGUACGACAACCACAUCGGGAAGUCUGCCAACUUUCAGAAACCCAGACCAGACAAGAAGCGCAAGUACGAGGCGCACUUUGAGCUGGUGCACUAUGCCGGAGUGGUACCAUAUAAUAUCUGCGGCUGGCUGGACAAAAACAAAGACCCCCUGAAUGAGACAGUGGUGACCUGUUUCCAGAAAUCUUCAAGCAAACUCCUGGCCAGCCUGUAUGAGAAUUACGUGGGCGCGGAAUCAGUAGCGGAUCCUAAACCAGGAGCCAAAGAGAAGAGGAAGAAAGCAGCAUCCUUCCAGACAGUGUCACAGCUGCACAAGGAAAACCUGAACAAGCUGAUGACCAACCUGCGCUGCACCCAGCCUCAUUUUGUCCGCUGUAUCAUCCCCAAUGAGACCAAGACUCCAGGGAUUAUGGACCCGUUCCUUGUGCUGCACCAGCUGCGCUGUAAUGGCGUGCUGGAGGGGAUCCGCAUCUGCAGGAAGGGCUUCCCCAACCGCAUCCUGUACGCUGACUUCAAACAGCGGUACCGCAUCCUGAACCCCCAGGCUAUUCCAGAUGAUAAGUUUGUAGACAGCAGGAAGGCAGCCGAGAAGCUGCUGGGCUCUCUAGACAUCGACCACAACCAGUACAAAUUCGGCCACACCAAGGUGUUCUUUAAGGCCGGUCUGUUGGGGCACCUGGAGGAGAUGAGAGACGAGCGGCUGGCCAAGGUGCUCACCAUGCUGCAGGCUGUGAGCCGGGGGAAGAUCAUGAGGAUUGAGCUGCAGAAGAUGAUGGAGAGGAAGGAGGCCCUGAUGGUCAUCCAGUGGAACAUCCGAGCCUUCAACGCAGUGAAGAACUGGCCCUGGAUGAAGCUGUUCUUCAAGAUCAAACCCCUCCUGAAGAGUGCAGCCACAGAGAAGGAGUUGGCUAGCCUGAAGGAGGAGAUGCUGAAGCUGAAGGAAACGCUGGAGAAGACAGAGAUAAAGCGCAAGGAGAUGGAGGAGAGGCAGGUCAGCCUGACCCAAGAGAAGAACGACCUCUCCCUGCAGCUCCAGGCUGAACAGGAUAACCUAGCAGACGCGGAGGACCGUUGCGACCAGCUGAUCAAGGCCAAGAUCCAGCUGGAGGCCAAGGUGAAGGAGAUGACGGAGCGCCUGGAGGACGAGGAGGAAAUGAACACCAGCCUCCAGGGCAAGAAGCGCAAGCUGGAGGACGAGUGCUCCGAGCUGAAGAAGGACAUCGACGACCUGGAGAUCACUCUGGCCAAGGUGGAGAAGGAGAAGCAUGCCACCGAGAACAAGGUGAAAAACCUGGUAGAGGAGAUGGCAGCUCUGGAUGAUACCAUCCUGAAGCUGACGAAGGAGAAGAAGGCCCUACAGGAGGCACACCAGCAGACCCUGGAAGACCUUCAGGCCGAGGAGGACAAGGUCAACGUCCUGACCAAAGCCAAGGCCAAGCUGGAGCAGCAAGUGGAUGAUUUGGAAAGUUCCCUGGAGCAGGAGAAGAAGGUGCGUAUGGACCUGGAACGGGCCAAGCGCAAACUAGAAGGGGAUCUGAAGCUGUCCAUGGAGUCUGUCAUGGACCUGGAGAACGACAAGCAGCAGCUGGAAGAGAAGCUCAAGAAGAAAGACUUUGAAAUGAAUCAGAUCAGUUCAAAGAUUGAGGAUGAGCAAGCCCUGGUGAAUCAGCUACAGAAGAAGAUCAAAGAGUUACAGGCUCGCAUUGAGGAGCUGGAGGAAGAGCUGGAGGCUGAGCGGGCGUGGCGGGCGAAGGUGGAGAAGCAGCGGGGUGAUGUGGCGCGGGAGCUGGAGGAGCUGAGUGAGCGGCUGGAGGAGGCGGGCGGGGCCACCUCUGCCCAGAUCGAGAUGAAUAAGAAGCGGGAGGCGGAGUUUCUGAAGCUGCGGCGGGACCUGGAGGAGGCCAUGCUGCACCACGAGGCCACGGCCGCCGCCUUGCGGAAGAAGCACGCCGACAGCAUGGCCGAGCUGGGCGAGCAGAUCGACAGCCUGCAGCGCGUCAAGCAGAAGCUGGAGAAGGAGCGGAGCGAGGCCAGGAUGGAGGCCGACGACCUGGCCUCCAGCCUGGAGCAGCUCGCCAAGAACAAGGCCAGCUCAGAGAAGAUGUGCAGGAUGUACGAGGACCAGCUGAGCGAGUCCAAGGCCAAAGUGGAGGAGCUGCAGAGACAGCUGAACGAUUCCACCUCCCAGAGAGCUAAAGCUCAGGCAGAGAGCGCUGAGCUGGGCAGGAAGCUGGAGGAGAGGGAGGCUCUGGUCACCCAGCUGCAGCGCAGCAAGAGCUCCUUCUCCCAGAGCGCUGAAGAGCUAAAGAAACAGCUGGAGGAGGAGGGCAAGGCGAAGAAUGCCCUGGCCCACGCCCUGCAGUCCUCCAGGCAUGACUGUGACCUGCUGAGGGAGCAGUAUGAGGAGGAGCAGGAGGCCAAAUCGGAGCUUCAGCGUGCCCUGUCCAAGGCCAACACUGAGGUGGCUCAGUGGAGAACCAAGUAUGAGACUGAUGCCAUCCAGCGCACCGAGGAGCUGGAGGAGGCCAAGAAGAAGCUGGUGGUGCGCCUGCAGGAGGCGGAGGAGAUUGUGGAGGCGUCCAACGCCAAGUGCUCUUCUCUGGAGAAGACCAAGCACCGGCUGCAGACGGAGAUCGAGGACCUGGUGGUGGACCUGGAGCGGUCCAACGCUGCAGCCGCCGCGCUUGACAAGAAGCAGCGCAACUUCGACAAGCUGCUGGCCGACUGGAAGCAGAAGUACGAGGAGACCCAGUCCGAGCUGGAGUCCUCCCAGAAGGAGUCCCGAGGCCUGAGCACUGAGCUCUUCAAGCUGAAGAACGCCUAUGAGGAGACCAUCGAUCACCUGGAGACCGUCAAGCGCGAGAACAAAAACCUCCAGGAGGAGAUUGCGGACCUGACAGACCAGAUCAGCCAGGGUGGGAAGAUGAUCCAGGAGCUGGAGAAGAUCAAGAAGGGCCUAGACACGGAGAAGAGUGAGAUCCAGGCUGCGCUAGAGGAGGCUGAGGGCACCCUGGAGCACGAAGAGAGCAAGACCAUGCGCAUCCAGCUGGAGCUCAACCAGCUGAAGGGCGAGAUCGACAGGAAGCUGGCCGAGAAGGACGAGGAGAUCGAUAACCUGCGCCGUAACCACCAGAGGGCGCUGGAGAGCAUGCAGGCCAGUUUGGAUGCUGAGGUGAGGGCUCGCAGUGAGGCUGUGCGGCUGAGGAAGAAGAUGGAGGGUGAUCUGAAUGAGAUGGAGGUCCAGCUCAACCAUGCCAACCGCCAAGCUGCUGAGUCCCAGAAGCUUCUGCGCUCCCUCCAGGCCCACAUCAAGGACCUGCAGCUGGAGCUGGACGACACGCUGCACAGAAACGAUGAGCUGAAGGAGCAGGUGGCGGUAAUAGAGCGGCGGAAUGUGCUGCUGGCGGCCGAGGUCGAGGAGCAGCGGGGCCUCCUGGAGCAGAAUGACCGCGCCCGGAAACUGGCCGAGCACGAGCUGCUGGAGGCCACCGAGCGUGUCAACCUGCUGCACUCACAGAAUACAGGUCUCAUAAACCAGAAGAAGAAGCUGGAGGCCGACCUCUCUGCCUUGUCAGGAGAGGUGGAUGAGGCCGUGCAGGAAUGCCGCAACGCCGAGGAGAAGGCCAAGAAGGCCAUCACUGACGCUGCCAUGAUGGCAGAGGAGCUGAAGAAGGAGCAGGACACCAGUGCUCACCUGGAGAGGAUGAAGAAGAAUAUGGAGCAGACUAUCAAAGACCUGCAGAUGCGUCUGGACGAGGCCGAGCAGAUCGCCCUCAAGGGUGGCAAGAAGCAGAUCCAGAAGCUGGAAACCAGGGUGAGAGAGCUGGAGGGCGAACUGGAGUGUGAGCAGAAGAAGAGUAAUGAGUUCCAGAAAGGAGUGCGCAAGUACGAGAGGAGGAUCAAAGAGCUGACCUACCAGACUGAGGAGGACAGGAAGAACCUGGCCCGCCUGCAGGAGCUCAUAGACAAGCUGCAGUCCAAAGUCAAGAGCUACAAGAGGCAGGCCGAGGAAGCAGAGGAGCAGGCCAACUCCAACCUGGGCAAGUACAGGAAGCUGCAGCAUGAGCUGGACGAUGCAGAGGAGCGGGCCGACAUGGCCGAGACGCAGGUCAACAAGCUCCGCAUUCGCACCCGGGACCAAGGGGGAAAGCUGGCAGAAUGACCAGUAAACCCCAUGAGUGCCCCAUACAGUACUGGAGACCACACAGCACCAGGGCUGCAACAGCUCUGAGUGAUCUGUGCUGACCUAAAACCUAAUAAAAAACUCAAAUAUUAUAA